GCAAGACCUUUGAAAAGUUUCUGGGUGAUUGCUUUCCAUUCCACUUUCCCACGUACAUACAUACAUACUGGACUGGAUUCCACUUCCCUUGUGAGGUUGCCCCGUCGAGACCGCCAAAAAGUCGGAGUCCCACCGCCGGCCUCGGUACAAGUCAUUUGGACGGUCUGAAAUAACCUAAAAUCGUUGUAAAGGUAAACCACCUGGGUGCCCCCCUUCUUGCGCCCGUCGGUCCGUACAACUUGUCGUCACCGAUUUCCUUCCCUGUGUCGUGUGUGUUGUUAUCAUUCGGUCGCAUAUCCUUGCCUAUCUUGCCUUUCACUUUUGAGAUUGUAAAACCCCCCAUCUUUUGUUCUUAUUCGCAUCUGCCUCUUAUCAUUUUAUUUUCCGUUGUCGCGAUACCUAUCUACCAAAUUAUACACUGGUCCUGCCGUCCUACACGACAUUGACAUAAGCGGGGAUCUCGAGCCAGCGAUUGCGCCAACCAACACCGAGCGACCCUUUCCGUCUGAACCACGACCUCGAACUCGCGCCCCGAGCGUCCAGAGUAUUUCUAGAUAUCAAAGUAACAGUCAACAAUGGCAGCACACUCAAAGCCCGCCCAAUUGGGCCCCUGGGGGAAGGCCACGGCCGGCGCUGCUGGUGCCGCUUUCGCCAACGUGCUUGUAUACCCACUUGAUCUCAUCAAGACAAAACUUCAAGUCCAAGUCAAGAAGUCCGCCGACGUUGAAAAGCAAGAGGCUACGGCCAGCAAUGAGGUUCACUACAAGGGAACAUGGGACGCCCUCACCAAGAUCAAAAAUGCCGAGGGUAUUGCGGGUCUUUAUGCUGGCAUGAACGGUGCGCUACUGGGUGUCACGUCGAGCAACUUCGCCUACUUCUACUGGUAUUCGAUCGUCCGCACGCUUUAUCUCCAGUACCAAAAAUCGGACGCCCACCCCUCGACGGCCGCUGAGUUGUCCCUUGGCGCCGUUGCCGGUGCGCUCGGCCAGCUUUUCACCAUCCCAGUUGCGGUCGUCACCACCCGCCAGCAAACGCAAAGCAAGGAGGACAGGAAGGGCAUCAUCGAUACCGCUCGGGAGGUUGUCGAGGGCGAGGAUGGCAUUACCGGGCUCUGGAGAGGCUUGAAGGCUAGCUUGGUUCUGGUUGUCAACCCGGCUAUCACAUAUGGCGCGUACGAGAGGCUGAAGGAUAUUCUUUUCCCUGGAAAGAACACCUUGAAGCCCUGGGAGGCUUUCCUUCUUGGCGCAUUGUCCAAGUCGAUUGCCACCAUCGUCACCCAGCCCCUCAUUGUCGCCAAAGUAGGCCUGCAAUCCAAGCCUCCCGCGGCUCGCAACGGCAAGCCUUUCAAGAGCUUCGUCGAGGUGAUGGAGUUUAUUGUCAAGAACGAGGGCGCUUUGAGUUUGUUCAAGGGUAUCGGGCCCCAGCUUCUUAAGGGCUUUUUAGUACAAGGUAUCUUGAUGAUGACCAAGGAGCGUGUCGAGCUCAUGUUCAUCCUCUUUAUGCGCUUCCUUUCGAAGCUUCGGUCGCAGCAGCUCGGCAAGGCCGCUGCUUUGGCUGCCGCGGCAAAGGUUGCGUCCCCCGUCAUCGCCAAGUAGACGCUCCCUUCCAUUUCUUGAACAACCAAAGCACAUAUCAUGACUUGAACGUUCUGCUUGUACUGUAUUUCUGCUGCAUUUGAUGGCGGUCGUGUUUGGGGAAACAUACUCACAAUUCGGUAAUCUUCUGCCACUUGGGUUUCAUCUUUCAGCCGAACCUGGUUAUAUAGAGCGGAUAGAUAUCCCUUGGAUGCAAGACCUUCAUGAGUUCAG